AUGGUCGGAAAGGCGUUACAAAUAAUCACAAAAUUAGAAGAUAAUACGUUUGCUUUGAAUGAACAGCAACUUGAAAAACUAUUGAUGCGCGAGGACGUUAAAGAUCGAUAUGUGUGUGUGGUCUCAAUAGUAGGCAGUUCUCGUGAGGGAAAAAGUUUUUUAUUAAACUUUUUUCUGCGUUAUAUGUACGCAAAGUGUGCCGGUGACGAGACAGAUCAUUGGAUAGGCGACGAAGAUCAACCUUUAACGGGGUUUUCUUGGUGCAACGGCAAACAACACGACCACCAUGCCUAUGCACCGCACACGAACGGCAUCUACAUGUGGUCGGAUGUGUUUUGCAUAGACAUUCCAAAUGGUGACAAAGUCGCCAUCAUUUUUCUCGAUACACAAGGUAUCAGAAGUUGCAAGAAUUGCAAGAAUUUAUCAUACGAAUCUACGACCAUAUUGGCACUCAGUACAAUUCUAUCUUCAGUGCAAAUAUACAAUAUGUCGCAAAACUUGUGGGAAAACGAUUUACAAUAUUUCCAAUGGUUCGCAGAAUUUGGUCGACUUGCUUUAAACAAUACUGGAUCAAAACCUUGCCAACGUUUACAGUUUCUAGUACGCGAUUGGAAUAUGUCGGAAGACGCUGAUUGGGGCGAGGUCGGCGGUAAAGUAAUUUUGAAUAGACGUUUAAAAUGGUGUGAUAAACAAGAUUUUGAAUUGCAAUCAAUCAAGAAUCACAUCUUGCCGUGUUUCAAAGAGAUAUCUUGUUUUUUAAUGCCGCAUCCGGGUUUAAAUAUUUUAGAUCCCGAAUUCAAUGGUUGCCUCAAAGAUAUUAGUAUGGAAUUUAGACAAGAACUUAAAGUUUUCGUUUGUUUGUUGAUGGACCCUAAUAAUUUGUUAGUUAAAGAAAUCUGUGGUCAAAAGAUUCGAGCCAUGGACUUAAUACAAUAUUUCAAAUCGUACAUAGGAGUUUUUAACAAAAGCGAGUUACCUGAAACGGAAAGUAUUCUAAAUGUAAUUUCAUUCAAAAAAAUUAGAUCUUCUCAGCAGCUUGAUUGA